AAUCAGCAGAUCAGAGAGGUUUGGACACACAUCAACCCAAGACCAAGCUAUCGCUCUCUCUUAAGUAAAAACAAAAAAAAGAUAAAGAAACACAGAUACUAUGGCGACUAGUGUUAAGAUUGCAUGUGCUAUAGUUAUGGUGAUGAUGGUGGUGGGUGGUUCCCCAGCCAUGGCGGCCAUAACUUGUGGACAGGUAACGAGUAGCCUUGCGCCAUGCAUACCGUAUGCGAGGAGUGGUGGAACAAUCACACCAGGUUGCUGCAACGGUAUUAAGGCAUUGAACAAUGCAGCUAAGACGACGGCUGACCGCCAGACUGCUUGCAAGUGCCUGCAAAGUGCUGCCAAUAGCAUCAAGGGCCUCAACUUCAACCUUAUUGCAGGAAUUCCUGGAAAGUGCGGAGUCAACAUCCCUUACAAGAUUAGCCCUUCCACCAACUGCAACAGCAUCCGUUGAAGUUGAAGGAGAACACAAUCAAUUUUACGCCACGGAUGAAUAUAUAUAAUAAGUUAUCAUAUAGCAAAUGAGAAUAAAUAUGGGUGUUCAUGAUGUGAACAUCUUAUUACACAUGGCUCAUCACUAGGGAGUCCUGUUAUAUAGCUAUAUAUAUAUGUACGUACGGAGUUGUGAUCUGAUCUCAUCUACGGCGUUGUAACUUUUAUUCGUGUCUUUGUUUGAUUACAAUGAAGUUUUAUUUUAAUAAUUUUCUUUUGGAA